UCUCCUUCGGCAUGUCUUUCCACAAGAUUUUCAGGAUCAAGAGGUUCCUGGCCAAGAAACAAAAGCAGAAUCAGCCCAUUCCCCAGUGGAUUCGAAUGAAAACUGGUAAUGAAAACAGGUACAACUGGAAGAGGAGACAAUGGAGAACCAAACUGGGUCUAUGAGGAAUCACACAUGAGAGAUGGCUCAUAUACUUAUGCUGUA